ACACAGUAAAAGUUCAAGGUUAGGGUUUUGCUCCAUAUAGAAGACACGGUGUAACUUCUCUUGUCGUCGCCAACUGCUGCUUGCUGCAUCUUCUACAUCUGCUCUUGAAAAGCUUUAAAAUUCUCCAAAGAUGCAGAACGAAGAAGGUCAAAACACGGAGCUUUACGUUCCAAGGAAAUGCUCAGCAACUAACAGGUUGAUCACAUCAAAGGAUCAUGCUUCUGUGCAGCUCAACAUUGGUCAUUUAGAUGCUGAUGGAAUCUACACCGGCCAGUCCAGUACCUUUGCUCUCUGCGGUUUUGUCCGUGCUCAGGGUGAUGCUGACAGUGGAAUCGACAGGCUCUGGCAGAAGAAGAAGGUCGAAGCAAAACAACAGUAAGAGCAGCAACAGAGAAAAGCUUGUUUUCUAGAUUUUUAAAUUUUGUUGUUUAUCUGGAUGUGAUCAUGUCUCUGGUUUUUCUUCUUCUACAAUGAUAAUGUUGGUGGUUUGAAUGACGUUGCAAUGCAUUGAGAUAGUUGGUUUUUAUUUUUCCGGGAAUUAUUAGCAGGCUCUAUGUUUAUGUCUUUUAUAGAAAUUGAAGUCGUAUCGAGCCAAAAUAAAUGAAUGAACUAAAAGAUUUGAGAUUA